CAGUCCAGAGCAUACAGCUCAGAUGGAGAGACCCCGAGGCCAGAGAGGGGCUGCUGUGUGUUCACUGGUUCAUCACUCAGCAGAUGUCGGCGGUCAUUCCGCUGUGUGCAAAGUCCUGGAGGACACACGGGACAGCAGCCAUGGCAGGCAGCAGUGGGGACAGCAUCACGCGGCGGAGCGUGGCUUCACAGUUUUUCACGCAAGAGGAGGGGCUAGGCAUUGAUGUCAUGACCACUUCAGAGAGAGUGGUCGAUCUCCUGAACCAGGCGGCACUGGUCACCAGUGAGUCCAAGAUCACACUGCUCAAGCAGGUCCAGGAACUGAUCAUCAACAAAGAUCCCACCCUCCUGGACAACUUCCUGGAUGAGAUCAUCGCUUUCCAAGUAGAUAAGUCGAUUGAAGUGCGCAAAUUUGUCAUUGGCUUCAUCGAGGAGGCCUGCAAGCGAGACAUCGAGCUGUUGCUGAAACUGGUUGCGAACCUUAACAUGCUCCUGCGGGACGAGAACGUGAAUGUGGUGAAGAGGGCCAUCCUCACCAUGACCCAGCUCUACAAGGUGGCCCUGCAGUGGAUGGUGAAGUCACGGGUCAUCAGCGAGCUCCAGGAGGCCUGCUGGGACAUGAUGUCCGCCAUGGCCGGGGACAUCAUUGUGCUGUUGGACUCCGACAACGAUGGUGUCCGGACCCACGCCAUCAAGUUUGUGGAGGCCUUCAUUGUCACCCUGUCGCCCCGCAUGGCUGACUCGGAGAUACCCCGACGCCACGAGCAGGACAUCAGCCUGGACCGCGUGCCGCGCGACCACCCCUACAUCCAAUACAACGUGCUGUGGGAGGAGGGCAAGGCAGCCUUGGAGCAGCUCCUCAAGUUCAUGGUGCACCCCGCCAUCUCCUCCAUCAACCUGACCACAGCGCUGGGCUCCCUCGCCAGUAUCGCCCGCCAGAGGCCCAUAUUCAUGUCUGAGGUGAUUCAGGCCUAUGAAACCCUGCAUGCCAACCUGCCCCCCACGCUGGCCAAGUCUCAGGUGAGCAGCGUUCGCAAGAACCUCAAGUUGCACCUGUUGAGUGUGCUGAAGCACCCAGCCUCCUUAGAGUUCCAGGCCCAGAUCACCACCCUGCUGGUGGACCUGGGCACGCCCCAGGCCGAGAUCACCCGCAACAUGCCCAGCAGCAAGGACGCCCGAAAGCGGCCUCGAGAUGACUCGGAUUCCUCGCUCAAGAAGAUGAAGCUGGAGCCCAACCUGGGGGAGGACGACGAGGACAAAGAUUUGGAACCAGGCCCAUCGGGGACCUCGAAGGUCUCAGCCCAGAUCUCGGGCCAGUCAGACACAGACAUCACAGCCGAAUUCCUGCAGCCUCUGCUGACACCCGACAAUGUGGCCAACCUGGUCCUCAUCAGCAUGGUGUACCUGCCUGAGGUCAUGCCUGCCUCCUUCCAAGCCAUCUACACCCCAGUGGAGUCGGCAGGCACCGAAGCCCAGAUCAAGCACCUGGCUCGGCUCAUGGCCACACAGAUGACGGCCGCGGGACUGGGGCCAGGUGUGGAGCAGACCAAGCAGUGCAAGGAGGAGCCCAAGGAGGAGAAGGUGGUGAAGCCUGAGAGUGUCCUGAUCAAGCGACGCCUGUCAGCCCAGGGCCAGGCCAUCUCGGUGGUGGGCUCCCUGGGCUCCAUGGCCACCCUGGAGGAGGAGGCGCCCCAGGCCAAGAGAAGGCCAGAGCCCAUCAUCCCUGUCACGCAGCCCCGGUGAGCAAAUUCGGGAAUCCUUCAAGAUCUUUUUCGGUGCUCUUCACCUGGCCUUCCUCACUUAACCUGGGGUCUGCACUGGGUGCGCUGAGCCUGGGCGGGGGUUGCCCACCGCAUGCCCACGCGCUCGCUCUCCUGUCAGGUGCGCAUAAAGAUCCUGGCCAGCCUCGUGACGCAGUUCGACUCGGGCCUGAAGGCUGAGGUCCUGUCCUUCAUUCUGGAGGACGUACGGGCCCGCCUGGACCUGGCCUUCGCCUGGCUCUACCAGGAGUACAACGCCUACCUCGCAGCCGGUACCUCGGGCUCCCUGGACAAGUACGAGGACUGCCUCAUCCGCCUGCUCUCCGGCCUGCAGGAGAAGCCAGACCAGAAGGAUGGGAUCUUCACCAAGGUUGUGCUGGAGGCGCCCCUGAUCACGGAGAGUGCCCUGGAGGUGAUUCGCAAGUACUGCGAGGAUGAGAGUCGCACCUACCUGGGCAUGUCCACCCUCCGAGACCUGAUCUUCAAGCGCCCGUCCCGCCAGUUCCAGUACCUGCACGUCCUGCUGGACCUCAGCUCCCAUGAGAAGGACAAGGUGCGCUCCCAGGCCCUGCUGUUCAUCAAGCGCAUGUACGAGAAGGAGCAGCUGCGAGAGUAUGUGGAGAAAUUUGCCCUCAACUACCUGCAGCUCCUGGUCCAUCCCAACCCGCCAUCGGUGCUGUUUGGAGCCGACAAGGACACAGAGGUGGCAGCGCCCUGGACCGACGAGACAGUGAAGCAGUGUCUGUACCUCUACCUGGCCCUCCUACCGCAGAACCACAAGCUGAUCCACGAACUGGCAGCUGUGUACACUGAGGCCAUCGCCGACAUCAAGCGGACGGUGCUGAGGGUCAUCGAGCAGCCGAUCCGGGGAAUGGGCAUGAACUCGCCAGAGCUGCUGCUCCUGGUGGAAAACUGCCCCAAGGGCGCAGAGACUCUGGUCACGAGAUGCCUGCACAGCCUCACAGACAAAGUCCCGCCCUCCCCGGAGCUGGUGAAGCGCGUCCGGGAUCUCUACCACAAGCGGCUGCCCGAUGUCCGCUUCCUCAUCCCCGUGCUCAACGGGCUGGAGAAGAAAGAAGUGAUCCAGGCCCUGCCGAAGCUCAUCAAACUCAACCCCAUCGUGGUGAAGGAGGUCUUCAACCGCCUGCUGGGCACCCAGCACGGUGAAGGGAACUCGGCCUUGUCCCCGCUGAACCCUGGAGAGCUGCUGAUCGCAUUACACAACAUCGACUCGGCAAAGUGCGACAUGAAGUCCAUCAUCAAAGCCACCAACCUGUGCUUUGCGGAGCGGAACGUGUACACAUCGGAGGUGCUGGCCGUGGUGAUGCAGCAGCUGAUGGAGCAGAGUCCCCUGCCCAUGCUGCUCAUGAGGACCGUCAUCCAGUCCCUGACCAUGUACCCCCGCCUGGGGGGCUUCGUCAUGAACAUCCUGUCCCGCCUCAUCAUGAAGCAGGUGUGGAAGUACCCCAAAGUGUGGGAGGGCUUCAUCAAAUGCUGUCAACGCACCAAGCCCCAGAGCUUCCAGGUCAUCCUGCAGCUGCCACCCCAGCAGCUGGGCGCCGUGUUUGACAAGUGCCCAGAGCUCCGGGAGCCCCUGCUGGCCCAUGUCCGCUCCUUCACCCCCCAUCAGCAAGCACACAUCCCCAACUCCAUCAUGGCCAUCCUGGAGGCCAGUGGCAAGCAGGAGCCGGAGGCCAAGGAGACUCCUGCAGGGCCUCUGGAGGAGGUGAGGACCAGGAGCCCUCAGGCGAUGUCCAGGGGGAGCGGACCUAAGUCGUCAGUCGGACAUCCUUAG